CUAUGUGUUAGGUAUGGUUGAUUUUAUAGGGAGUUUUUAGGAUAAAUAGUUUUUAUAUUUUGUAUGUGAGCAUUGUCCUUUUGGAGAUUUGGGAAAUAUUAUAUGGGAUAUUUACUAGGAAUACAAAAGAGAUAAAUCUUAGGAUGUCGAAAAUCUUAUUAAAAUUUAUAUACAUUAAAUAGCCACUGCAAUUAUAUAUUUACAUAAAGAAGGCAUAGCUCAUUUAGAUAUUAAACCAAAAAAUAUCAUUAUAGAUAAAAGUUAUAAUCUUAGACUAACUGAUUUUGCAACAUGCUACUUUUUUGAAGAACAUAGACAGCCUCCAGAAUUAAUUGAACAAAUAAAGAAAUUUUAACAAAACUAUGUAAAAUCAGUUAAGAGGAUUGAAAAUGAAACUAGUGAGUAUCGAUCUACAUUUGUAGGAACUCCUGAAUACAUCUCUCCAGAGAUGCUCAGUCAUAGUAGAGCCUCAAAAGAAGCUGAUUUAUGGGCACUUGGAUGCAUUAUUUAUGAAGUAAACCAAAUGUCAAUUUUAGUUUUAUCAUGGGAAAUAACCCUUUUCCAAUAAAAGUGAGAAUGAAGUAUUUAAUAGCAUUUUAUCUCUAAAUUACUAACUCGAUAACAGUUUACCAGAGGAUGUGUCUGAUCUGAUAAGUUCAUUAUUGACAUUGGAUCCAUAAAACCGUUUAGGCUAUGAAGAUUCUGAGCUAAUUCUAGAACAUAAAUAUUUUGAUAAUAUUCGACAUUUUGUACCAUGGUAGGAUGAGAUUGAAAUUCCUAGUCAAUGCAAAAUUCUCUUUUAAGAAAUAAUUCCAAAUUAAAGCAAAUCAAGUUUAAUUUAUUAGACUACAUCAACCAAUGUAGAAAUGAAAUAAUAAUUGAUUCGCAGAAGACAAGAUAGAUUAAAAACAAUUAUGGAAGAAUUAGAAGAAACAGCAACUCCAGUCCCUAGCAUUUUUAAAAGAACUCAAAAGAUUCCCCCGAAUAGGAAUGCUCCUAUAAUAUUUGAAAAACAAAUUACUUACUCAUCAAAAAGUCUAGAUAGUGAGCAGCAAUAAACUUCAAGUUAAAAGUAGUUUGAUAAAUCAGUUGGAUUUAUUCAAUUAAAUACUAAUAGGUGGUUUUGUAUCCCCUAGAUUGCUAUUUUGUUUGGGUAUUUAAAGCCACCUUGCCUAUUGAUUGAUUUUAUUAAAGGAGAAAAGAAAUAUCUUCCCAUCGACGAUACAAUGAAGAUAUCUUAGGAUGGUAUUUACUAUGUAUUUUAUUAUAAAUUAUAUUUAGAUUUUGGAAUCAUCUCAGUUUUUCUAUAAAUUCAAGGAUGCAGAAGCAAAACCCAUCAAUUGGAUUUAAGUAGUUCAAAAAAUAAAAAAUGAAUAUCUGGGUAAAUGA